AUGUCUUCAAGUGGGAACAGCGAGAAGAUUGGCAACGAUGGUUUACCCGGAAACAGUAACAUUAANCAGCCAGNNCUUUUCGUUGCUCCGUUAAACAGUGUGCCCUAUGUCGGUCCAUCAAGCUCUUAUACGUCUUCAAGUGGGAACAACGAGAAGAUUGGCAACGAUGGUUUACCCGGAAACAGUAACAUUAACCAGCCAGUCCUUUUCGUGGCUCCGUUAAACAGUGUGCCCUAUGUCGGUCCAUCAAGUUCUUAUACAGCUUCCAGCUCAACCAACAAAUCUAAGGGUCAAGUGGAAAAAUCAGAGCCUGCCAUGAUUUUUCUGCCUAAUCAUUCAAGUCAAGAAGUUGAAGACCUUGCUGCUCAAACCAAGACUGGAGUUGUCCUCACCGGAAGUGCGGCUUUAGGUGCAAUUGGACCGACCAUUGGUCGGAUGGAUGUUUUCGAAUCUGAUGACUCCUACUUUUUCCGUGUUUCGCUGCCUGGUGUUUCAUGCGAAGAAAAGGAGUUCACAUGCGAUAUUGCGGAGGACGGGCAAAUUGUGAUAAAUGGAACAACAACAACGGGAGAGGAGAUAGUGUGCAGACACUCACAGGUCUUCAAGAUGCUAUCACAGAACUUGUGCCCUCCCGGUCGGUUCACCAUCACAUUCAAGCUUCCUGGUCCUGUCAACAACGAGGAAUUUAAGGGUAAAUUAGAGUCAGGUGUUUUUGAGGGCCAUGUGAAGAAGCCGCGUAAGAAUUCUGAAUCUGAGCUCUAA